UUUGUAAUCACACAAGUCAACAAAAUUUAAUAUCUGUUUUAAUUCGUCACUUAAUUAACUUUAACUAUCGUCACAUUCUUUGUCAUCCCCACUUGAAAUUCUGUUCCUGCGAGGAUCCAGAUAAAAGAUAAGGAUUCGUGCAAGGAGAGCGAAGUAAAAAAAAGUUGGAUUUGUAGAGAUCGACAGAGCAGCUGAGUCACGAAAUUGACUAUUUUUCUUAAUAUUGGAUUGCUACAAAUAAUUCUAAUUAAUUUGAAGUAAUUCCUGUGUUACUGAUACAAUAACUAUCAAAAAGCAAGAUGUUUAAGACCAGUGGUCACGCGCAAUUUGAUAAACUGCUGGAAAAAGCCACCAGUAAUUUGUUACUGGAACCUGAUUGGACAUCCAUCAUGACAAUUUGUGAUUUGAUUAGACAGAAAGAUUGCCAGGCAAAAUAUGGAGUUGCUGCAAUUAAGAAGAAGCUCCAUCAUCAAAAUCCGCAUGUUGCUCUGUUUGGUCUUUUGGUGAUUGAAUCGGUCGUGAAAAAUUGUGGAAGUCCUGUUCAUGAUGAAGUCGCUACGAAGCAAUUUAUGGAAGAAUUGCGAGAAUUGGCAAAAACUACUCAUCAUGAGAAUGUGAAAGACAAGAUAUUGGAACUGAUUCUUACUUGGGCUCACGCUUUUCGGAAAAUUCCCACGUAUCGUGCUGUUCAGGACGUUGUAAAUAUUAUGAAGGCGGAAGGGGCAGCUUUCAAACCGUUGCAGGAAUCGGAUGCCAUGUUCGUCGCUGAUACUGCUCCAGAGUGGGCUGAUGGAGAGUGUUGUCAUCGUUGUCGAACCGAGUUUGGUAUCGUGGUGCGAAAGCAUCAUUGCCGUGCCUGUGGACAGAUAUUUUGUAAUAAAUGUUCCAGCAAAAUAUGCACUCUUCCAAAGUUUGGGAUCGAGAAAGAAGUUCGUGUUUGUGACUCCUGCUUUGAAAAAUACGGAAAACUGCCUCGCAAAACUAAUUCAAAAACAUCUACGGCUUUAUCUUUGGACCAACAAAUCCUCAACGAAGUGUUGGCUGCUUCGUUAGCAGAAUCUGAAGCUAAAGCACAAUCAUCUCCACAGUCGCAGGCACCUCGAACCAAAACGGAAGAAGAGCUAGCCGAGGAAGAGCAACUCCAACUCGCCCUUGCUAUAUCCCAAUCGGAAGCGGAAGCAAAAGAACAAGAGGCUAAAAAACGAAACAUGUCUGCUUAUGCGUAUACUCCUGCUGCUGAAGUGAAUAAUUCCUCUCAGAACAGUCAUGAUCGCGAAAGGAUCAAUGAGAAAGGAUCGCCGCAAAAGUCUGUAGAGUCUGAAGAUCCUGAACUAGCUAGAUAUUUGAAUCGAGGGUACUGGGAGAAUCGAUCAAAGGACGAGAACUCCAAAGAAGAAACGGGUGGCGUUGGUGGAACUGGGACCAUGAUGAGUAAAUCAGGAGGCACGUCUUCCGUGGACAAAUCGGCUGCAAAUAAUAAAUCUUGGAAUUCUAUGAGCGGAUACUCCUUCCUUCCUUCCGCGCCCAUCAAGGAUAACAACAAGGACAAGAGUGAGCAGGCCGAGGGGAUUGACACGUUUGUGGAGAAUUUGAGAUGUCAGAUUGAAAUGUUUGUGAAUCGAAUGAAGUCAAAUUCCAGUCGGGGUCGCCCAAUCGCCUACGAUACUUCUGUGCAAGGACUUUUUAUGAAUAUAACAGCAUUGCAUUCACAACUUUUGAAUUUUAUCCAAGCUCAGGACAAUGCGAGAACGUAUUACGAAGGACUUCAAGAUAAAUUGGGACAGAUUCGGGAUGCAAGAGCCGCUUUGGAUGAUCUAAGAUUUGAGCAUACCGAAAAACUUCGACUUGAGGCUGAAGAGCAAGAACGAAUGCGACAGUAUCAAAUGGCACAAAAGCUUCAAAUUAUGAGACAGAAAAAGCAAGAGUAUCUUCAGUACCAGCGACAACUAGCCAUGCAGCGUAUGCAAGAUCAAGAAAGGGAGAUGCAAAUGAGAAUUGAACAACAAACGAGGCAAAUGGGAGCCGUGCAAAAUCCAUAUGGUGGUUAUCAAGUUCCUCCCGGAGGAUACAUGCCGCCUGGACCGGAUAAUAUGGCUUACAUGCAACAACAACAGCAAGGGAUACAACCAGGAAUGAUUCCUCCCAAUGUCACUAUUGGACAACAAGGUCAAAUACCCAUGGGUCAAUUUAUUCCUAACCAGGGAGGGCAGCAAUAUAUGCCCCCAAUAUCUACGCACAUUCCUCAACAAAUCCCGGUAUCAACUCCAAUGUCUCCACAACACGCCAUGAUGCCUCCCUCCCCUCAACAACAACAACAGCAGCAGCAACAACAAGGUGGCAUGCCUCCGCAGAAUCAACCAAUAGUCUAUCAACAACAGCAACAACCACCCCCUCCUCCAACUUCUUCCGAUCCGAAUGCCCCUCCUGUCUCGCAACAACUUCAGCAGCCACAACAAGCCCCAGCGCCACCACCCCAACACGAAGCUUCCACUGCUCAGUUGAUAAGCUUUGAUUAAAUUAAUUAAAUUAUUCUUUCCGUAAAAAUUGGAACUCCAACUAGUAAUUAAUUAUCCCCGGAAAAAUUGGACGUGACUCACGUAUUGAAGAAUAAUACAUAGAUCCGUAAAUAUAGAAUUUACAUACUUCAUAACCAAAUAAAUAUAAAUACAUACAAAUAAAUUUGCUUAACAUUCAGAA